UGAUGGUUUGGUGCUUCAGGAAAUGACUACGUCUCGGUUAAUUCAAUCCCGGACCUAAUCUCUUUUAUUCAAAACUCGUUUGAAUUUUUUUAGUACGCGUGUCGUUACCGCAAUCGAUAGUGGUUACAGUUACGACAGUCGGACAUAACCUGAAAUAUUAAUAAGUUUGUGUCAAUAAUUGUGUCAAAAUUGCAGCAGGAUGUCUACGAAACUUCAGAUCAGGCGGCAAAAGUGGGCUUUGGACAAUACCAGAAAUCGCAGUGUAGCAGAAGGUUUGGCCGCUCCCCCAGCCUUUAGCCCCUCUGGACCUGCCUCAAGCAGUGAUGUUUCGAAAAAAACGGACGUUAGUCGCCUAAUAACUAAAAAAUCGUGGGACCUGGCUUUAGCCCCCUUGAAGCAAGUUCCAAUGAACUUGUUCAUCAUGUACAUGGCAGGGAAUUCAAUUUCAAUUUUCCCAAUUAUGAUGGUUGGGAUGCUUCUGAUGAGGCCAGUUCAGGCCAUUUUCGCCACAAAAAGUACAUUCAAAAUGGUGGAAAAUAGCAGUGCUUUUAAACAAAUGUUUGUCUACAUUUUGGGGAAUUGCAUUAAUAUUGGUUUAGCCCUUUACAAGUGUCAAAGUAUGGGCUUGUUGCCCACACAUUCCAGCGACUGGUUGGCCUUUGUGGAGCCCCCAGUCAGACUUGAAUAUUUGGGUGGUGGUGUAUCACUAUUAUAAUGUAAUAGCAUAAUUUUAUUUAAAUAAAUCACACACAGCUACUAAA